CCCCUCCAAGACAGCCAUGCAGCACAUUUCCAUUGACCCAAGUAAACUCCAACCCCCGACGCGGGAUGAGUCGGUGGCGGAGAUACCCCAGGGUCUCCCCGCAGCCAGAGCAAGCAAGAGACACCCAUCAAAGCCUGGGAAAGAAAAUGCAUCAAUCUAUUUCGUGGGGACGGCGACAACUAUCCUAGAGUGGCAAGGAGUCCGAAUCAUGACAGAUCCAAACUUCCUACACGCAGGCGACCACGUCCAUCUCGGCCCUGGCGUCUCUUCAAAGAGGAAGACAAACCCGGCAGUCGACUUGCACGACUUGCCCCGGAUUGACCUCGUUCUCCUUUCUCAUUACCAUGGCGACCACUUCGACCAACAUGUCGAGGCCUCCCUCCGCCGGAGCCUCCCGAUAAUCACAACGAGCCACGCGCGCUCGAUCCUAACAUCAAAGGGUCCGGAUUCGUUUACGAAUAUCUACGACCUCGAACCAUUUCAACAGAUGAUGGUCACCAUCAAAGCGGAUACCGGCGCAAAGGCUCCGCCCGCGUUAAGAGUGACGGGGAUGCCGGGGAAGCAUAUCCCCGUCGCGAAGCCAAUUGAAAAGUUGAAUGAGUUUGUUGGGGCAAUCCCCCCAACAAACGGGUGGCUCCUGGAACUCGGCUACGGCCACAGUGCUGCGGACUUCGCAUCGGGCUACAGAAUCUACAUCACGGGGGAUACGCUAAUGGUCGACGACCUGAAGGAAAUCCCGAAGCGGUACGGCGGAAACAACAUCGACCUCAUGCUUAUCCAUCUAGGCGGCACUACGGUCCCCUCGCCCGCGCUCUCACCGUUUACGUUGAUGGUCACGAUGGACGCGAAGCAGGGGGUUGAGCUGAUGCAGCUUGUGAAACCAGACGUGACGGUUCCGAUCCAUUAUGACGACUAUGAUGUGUUUGCGAGUUCAUUGGAUGAUUUCAAAGGGGAGGUUGAGAAAUCAGGACUUGGAGGUGGCGUUGUCUAUCUGGAUAGGGGCGAGGAGUAUCGGUUUGCUGUGAAGAGUUGAUUGUAUUGUUAUCUACGUUGUGGCUUUGUGGCUUGAAAUGACA